CUCUUCCAAAAUUACAGCUCUCUCCAGUGUCUCAAUGCAACUAGCUAUAACGCUAUUCCAGAAGAAUUGAGUUCGAGGGCAGUGUUUUCACCGUCGCGUGAGAAAAUUUUGAAGCAGUCAAAGAAUCUUUUGUGUAUGAAAUUUUGAAGGCGAUGUUCGAGUGAUGAAAAAUGGAGCUGCGUGAUUCAUUUGCGAUUCCCUGUGUCAAGUGCUUCGCGUGAAAUUACGAACAUAACCUCCAUAACCUCCAGUUACAUUUUGCUUACGAGCAAAAUCGUAAUAAUUUGCAUUCAGAAUGGCAGUCGGCUCGACGAAAGUCGUCCAGGUGACGAACAUCGCGCCUCAGGCAACUAAAGAUCAGAUGCAAACGCUUUUUGGGUACCUGGGGAAAAUAGAAGACAUCAGAUUGUAUCCGACGAUCCGAGAUGUUGCCGUGCCGGUGCAGUCGCGUAUAUGUUACAUUAAAUUCCAUGAUCAAGGUUGCGUGUCAGUGGCACAGCAUAUGACCAACACCGUCUUCAUUGACCGUGCAUUAAUAGUCAUUCCCUACCAGAAUGGAGACAUUCCAGAUGAGCAACGUGCUCUGGAACUUACUAACAAUGGCACGGUCGUACCAGGUCUCUAUCCAUCUGAACCUAAGUUACCACCAAAUGUGGUAAACGCCAUCGAAGGUAUUCCACCAAAUCAUGUAAUCACAACAAUGGAUCCUAAGUUGGAAGCAAAUGGUCUGCCGCCUUAUCCUCAUUUGCCAGGCCAUCUAGACAGCAGACGUAUCGAGGAAAUUCGACGGACACUUGUGGUGGCAAAUCUGGACACAUCGGUGAGCCCUGAGCAGCUGUUGGAUUUUUUCAGCAACAACAAUGUAGAGAUCAAGUACCUGCGUAUCUGCAGCAGGGAUUCGGAUACCGAUCAUUAUGCACUGGUAGAGUUGUCGGAACAAGGCGUAGUGGUUGCAGCUUUAUCGCUGAAUGGCAAGCAACUGGCGGAACGUUCGAUCAAGAUCUAUCAUUCGACACAGGCAAUUGCCAAACCAGAAGCGAAGAGUAACGAGGCUGCGCAGAAGGAGAUUGAAGAAGCAAUGUCGCGAGUAAAAGAAGCGCAUAAUCUCAUUUCCGCAGCGAUUGAUCCAAUGAUUGGCAUGCUAUCUAAGGAUAAACGCAGCAGAAGUGGGUCGCGUAGCCGGAAAUCACGUUCACGCAGUCGCGGUCGUAGCCGUCGAUCAAGAUCACGUAAACGUUCGCGUUCGCGACAUCGGCGAUCUCGCUCCCGUCAUCGGCGUCGGUCACGUUCGCGCUCCAAACGCUCCCGAUCGAAAGAUCGUCGACGAAACUCACCAUCGCGACGACGCAGUGGUUCACGCAGCCGCCAUCGUUCACGCAGCAGAUCAAGACGAUCGAGAUCGCGUCGAUCGCCCUCCAGAUCGAAAGAGCGCAAGAAGAGAUCGCCGCGGCGUCGCAGCCGUUCGCGUUCUCGCAGCAAGCGUUCGAAAUCCAGAUCCAGACGUUCGCGCUCCAAAUCCAAAUCCAGAUCGUCCAAAUCCAAAUAUUCGGAGAAGUCCAAAGACAAGGAUCGGGAGAGACGCAGCAAAGAUAAAUCUGACAACGGCAAGAGGAGUGACAGCGACCGGGAGAGACCUGAAAAAGAGAGCAGAAGCGAGAAGAAGUCCAACAAAGAGAAACGAUCUAGCGACAAAUCGGAGUCCAAAUCAGAAGAUAAGAGCAGAUCCACGGAGAAUAACGACAAAGAGAAGACCACGGAAUCGGAAAACUAAACGGAGUCUCGUUCACUGCCGAUACAUUUUGCUCGGAAUCAAAGAGGUAGAUGAAACUCCAUCCACAACUGAUGCGAUCCCGUUCGCAGACGAUUAUUUCGUUAAUUUCGAGAAGCCACCUUUUGUCGUCGCUAUGUAUUGAUACAGUAAUAGAAAUAUAUGAAUACACGAUA